AUGUCAACGCCGGCAACAUCCGACAUCACCCCCAGAGCUAAAUUCCUACAACAACCAAGCAUCUACAAGAGCAAUGUUGAACAACUCGCCGCCGACAGAUCCCAUGCUAACUUCUUUGACAAAUCAGAAAGCUACUCCAAAAUAUCCAACCAGGAAAACACCUGUCUUCUCUUUCUCAUACAAAUCACUAUCAAUGACAAACUUUCAUCACUUGUUGAUCAAUACACCAAAGGCACUGAGGCCUACAAUGCUGUCCAGACCAAUUUCCAGGCCACAGAGUACAUGUCACAGUACCUUUCAUGUACCAAGUAA